AUGGAUUGGGUAAAUAAAUAUGAAAAUGCUACUGAAUUAUAUAACGAUGCAGUGCUUCAUUGGCCAAACAACAAAUACCCACCUGGAAAAUGGAUUUUAGCAUCAUUUGAUGAAGAGUCAGUUAUAGUCUAUCAAGCAUACAAUCAAGAUAUAGCACAAUUUGCUUGUGAAAAUGGUCGUUUUACAGGAUGUCCUGGUUAUAAUGAAGACCGUAUGACAUGGAUAAAAACAAAUUUUCUUUGGAUGAUGUAUCGAUCUCGAUGGGCUACAAAAUACAAUCAACAAUAUAUUUUAGCUAUAUGGCUUCGACGUUCAGCGUUUGAUAGUUAUUUAGCACAAGCCGUACAUAGUUCACAUAAAGGUCAUCCGAAAAAGAAUAAAAAAGAUUCAAAAACAAAAACUCAUGGAGGAUCAAUUCGUUUGCAAUGGGAUCCUGAUCAUCAUCCAGAUGGUCAAUCAGUCAUUGGUCGUCGAGCUAUUCAAUUAGGUCUUAAAAAAAUUAAAAGUUUUCUCGAUGGUCGUGAUAUUAUAUGUAUUAUUGAUAUAACCUCAUUUGUUCAAACUCAAUAUAAUAAUGCUGUUUUACCAAAAAAAAAACUUGAUCAACUUCGUGUUCCUGUUGAACGUGUCUAUGAACCUGAAGACGAACAAACUCGUCAUCAUAUAGAAUUAGAUUCAUGA